GGGCACCCGUCACCAAUGCCCCUCUUGAAUUGUGGGAUCAGGUGGGGGCGGCUGCUUUGAACGGCGAGUCCCCGUCGGGGGUCAAAGUAUCGCCGUCGUUCACACUCAGACAUUGCCAGGCACCCAGGCGGAAGCUCAGACCCUGUUUGUUUCCCUCAGUCGUGAACUACUCCGCUAUUUCUUCAGUCCAGAAUUGUUUCCGUGGAGAGAGAGAGAGAGAGAGAGAGAGAGAGAGAGAGAGAGAGCCCGUCAAUCUCGUAGCGCGCCAUGGGGUGUCUCCGCUUGCUCCUCCUCCUCCUGCUCCUCGCCGCGGCCUGCUCCGACCGUGCGGCCGUGCUCGCCGCCGAGGAGUUCGCCUACAACGGCUUCGGCGGCGCCGGCCUCGCGCUCGGCGGCAUGUCCGUGGUGGCGCCGAACGGGCUGCUGGUGCUCAGCAACGGCACCAGCCAGAUGGCCGGCCGCGCGUUCCACCCGGCGCCGGUGCGCCUGCGCGGCGCGCCCGGCGGCGCCGUCCGGUCCUUCUCGGCGGCCUUCGUCUUCGCCAUCGUCUCCAACUUCACCGUGCUGAGCGACAACGGCAUGGCGUUCGUGGUCGCGCCCAGCACCAGGCUCUCCACCUUCAACGCCGGCCAGUACCUCGGCGUCCUCAACGUCACCGACAACGGCCGCGACGACAACCGCGUGCUCUUCGUCGAGCUCGACACCAUGCUCAACCCGGAGUUCCAGGACAUGAACAGCAACCACGUCGGCGUCAACGUCAACAGCAUGAGGUCGCUGCACAACCACAGCGCCGGCUACUACGACGACGCCACCGGGGCGUUCAGCAACCUCAGCCUCAUCAGCCGGCGGCCCAUGCAGGUCUGGGUCGACUACGACGGCGCCACCACGCGCCUCGACGUGACCAUGGCGCCCAUGAGCGUGCCCAGGCCCAAGAAGCCGCUCAUCUCCGCGCCGGUCAAUCUCUCGGCGGUCGGAACGGACACCGCCUACGUCGGCUUCUCGGCGGCCACGGGCGUCAUCUACACGAGGCACUACGUCCUGGGAUGGAGCUUCGCCAUGGACGGCGCGGCCCCGGCGCUGGACACCUCGAAGCUGCCGUCGCUGCCGCGGUUCGGGCCCAAGCCCCGGUCCAAGGUGCUGGAGAUCGUGCUCCCGAUCGCCACCGCGGCGUUCGUCCUCGCGCUGCUCAUCGGCGUCUUCCUGUUCGUGCGGCGGCGGGUGAGGUACGCCGAGGUGCGCGAGGACUGGGAGGUGGAGUUCGGCCCGCACCGCUUCUCGUACAAGGAGCUCUACCACGCCACCAAGGGCUUCAAGAACAAGCAGCUGCUGGGCACCGGCGGCUUCGGGAGGGUGUACAAGGGCGUGCUCCCCAAGUCCAAGUCCAACCUCGAGAUCGCCGUGAAGAGGGUGUCGCACGACUCCAAGCAGGGGAUGAAGGAGUUCAUCGCCGAGGUCGUCAGCAUCGGCCACCUCCGGCACCGCAACCUCGUCCAGCUGCUGGGCUACUGCCGGCGGAAGGGCGAGCUCCUCCUGGUGUACGACUACAUGCCCAACGGCAGCCUGGACAAGUACCUGCACGACAAGGCCAGGCCCGUCCUCGACUGGGAGCAGAGGUUCCAGAUCAUCAAGGGCGUCGCCUCCGGCCUGCUGUACCUCCACGAGGACUGGGAGCAGGUGGUCGUGCACCGGGACAUCAAGGCCAGCAACGUGCUCCUCGACGGCGACAUGAACGGCCGGCUGGGCGACUUCGGCCUCGCGAGGCUCUACGACCACGGCGUCGACCCCCAGACCACGCACGUCGUCGGCACCAUGGGGUACCUCGCCCCGGAGCUGGUGCGGACGGGGAAGGCGACCCCGGUCACCGACGUGUUCGCCUUCGGCGUGUUCGUGCUGGAGGUGACCUGCGGGCGGCGGCCGCUGGGGUGCAUCGCGCCGGACGACCAGAACGUGCUGCUGGACUGGGUGCAGGAGCACGAGCGCAGGGGCGCGGCGCUGGACACGGUGGACCCGCGGCUGUGCGGCAAGUACGACGCCGACGAGGCCCGGCUGGCCAUCAGGCUGGGGCUCGCGUGCGCGCACCCGCUGCCCGACGCGCGGCCCGGGAUGCGGCAGGUGGUGCAGUACAUGGAGGGCGACGCCCCGAUGCCGGAGGCGCCGCCGACGUACGUCAGCUACACGAUGCUGGCGCUGAUGCAGCACGACGGGUUCGACUCGUUCGCCGCGUCGUUCCCGUCCACGGCCACGUCCAGCGCCAGCCCCGUCUCCGGCGGGUUCUCGGCCGUGUCAGGCCUCUCGGGCGGGAGGUGAAUACUUUUUUUAUAAUACGUAUCUGUAUUUCACGCAAGGAAAACGUACAAUACUGUAGAUAGAUACAGGCACGUACGUAUAUACGGAGACAGCUGUGCCAACCGAACUUCACAAUGGACCCUAAGAAAAAGCAAAAUUACAUCUGAGUCCCUAGAUCCUUCGCGAACCACCGACGCUCGUCGUCCUCGUCGCCGGCCACCACCGCCGAAGAAGACAACGAGCACCACCUUGAGCCGGAGAAGUCCCGUCGCCCGCUGGCUUGAAAAGGAGUCGAAGUAGACACCCGUCCCAAAGAACAAGAUGAAGCCGUCGGCGAUCACCCAUCGACUGGGGCUGCGCCCCAACACCUCCGACUCCCAGAUCUGAGCUCGCGACCGGCAACCACCGCCAUCGAGGAAGAAAAGAGCCAGAUCCGGCCGGCCAACAACCAAAUCCCAAAUAGCAUCCAUCUCUGCACCCUUGAAGCAAAAGAAAGCCGGCAGCCACCCCUUCAGGUAGAAAGGGAGACUCACCAGCCGCCGGCUCCGACACGGAUCUCCACGACCUCGCCGGUGAAGCUGGAGCGGGGCACCACCGGGGCGAGGAAGAAGCCGGGAGACUUUAUUCCUCUGCGCCGCCGUCGCCAUCGCCUCGCCGCCGCCGCCAGGAACACCAUGCCGCAGAGGACCACCCCCCGGCAUAACCUAGCUUCGCCGACGACCACCGACGGCAAGCGCCACCUAAGACUAGAGAAGAAACUACCUAUCCUAUAUACACCCGCACGUCGAUUUUCCGGCCACGCUCCAUCUCCGACGCCACUCCGGCCGGCAGAGAAGGAGGAGGCCGGCGGAAUCACCGUCGGAAAGACUUUCCACCUCCUUUUUGCCCUGAGCAACUGUAGCCGGGGGGGAGGAUGGAAGGACCGAGAGCCGAGGCCUUGCGCUUGUCUCGUGAGGGCAGAAAAUGCGGGAGGUGAAUACUACUCUUGAAUAAGACGGUCGCUGCCCCAGACAAAGAGGAGUACUAGUUUCUUGCGCGUCAUGGAGAUGACUUGACUUGGCAUUUCCUGUAACAUAGCCUUGUUUAGAUCGGCAAGAAUUUUAGCGCGCACGUUUCUCAAAAAGAAAAUCUCGCAUACAUGGUGUACAAAAUGAAGUUUAUUUACAAAAUCAUUUUAAGGAUAGGUGUAACUUUUUGCGAUGAAUCUAAUGAUGGUAAUUAAUCGAUGA